AUGAAUGGGAUGCAUAAUAAUAAUAAUAAUCAUAAUAAUAAUAACGUUGGUGGUGCUGGCGGCCCGCAAUAUCCCAUGUACUCGGCUCAAAACUACAUGUAUCCUCAUUCCAUGCCACCAAUGCCCCAAUAUUAUAACGCAUAUCCCUACAUGAUACCCGUGCCGCCUCCGGGGAAUAUACCAGGCGGUGGAGCGGCAAACCCAACAUAUGAUGCAUACUACAAUUUCUAUCACUUCAACCCACUUGCCAUGGCAGUGGCCGCAAAUGGUGGCUAUCCAAUGCAACCAUCCAAUAUACCCAAUGGUUCUGGUAUGAAUAGUUACGGCAACAGAAUCAAGACUAAAAGGAAUAAUAAUAACAACAAUAAUAAUAAUAACAUUGUUGAUAAUAAUGACACCAAGACAAAUAGUAGUGCAACUUAUAAUACUACUACUAAUGACAGCAUUACAGGGGGUUUGAAAGCUAAUGUUUCGAUCCCUGAAACUCCAAAAAAUAAUCAUUUAUCCACACCUGCCGCUGUUAGUAAAUCUUUAUCGACAUCGUCAUCUGCAUCAGCUAGUUCGGCAAAGAACACCAAUGAAGAAAAAACUUCCACCCCACACGAUAAGGUGAAACAUGUUGAGCAUAAUACGACAAGAGAAACUAAUACUCCAUUGGAUACUAAAUCAAACGAGGAAGCCAGUAAUGAAAGCACAAGGUCUUCUUCGUUAAUUAAUGACACUAAUAAGCCAAUGGAAGAGGAAAAUGGAAACGGUUCAAAAAUAUCUACAUCAAACUCUACCAGUGCUACUGCUCUUGCAUUGGAAUCUGAGAAGGAACCCGUUAAUACAACUGAUCCUGUGUCAGCUUCUUCUACCACAACCACCACCACCACUACUACUACUGCAAUUCCCAAUGUUUCAUGUACUCCUAAAGAGUCAAUAGAGACCCCAAGUGAGUCCCACGAAGCCAUAACCCCUCCCCUUUUCUUCAACACGUCCAGAGACUCAGCCGUAAAAGCCAUAAAACUGCAUCAAUCAUUCAGAACUGAGUUGAAACAUGCUAAAAUUGAUCAUUUGAAUCAAUUUGUAACCUAUAGUCGUUCAAAGAAUACCGAUACUGGGUUAAUUGUUUAUCCAAACACAAUUUUAAAAAUUAUAGAUUAUUGUAAUAACUCAACUGUUGUUACAUUGCCCAAUUCUUGGGCAGGGCCAUUAUAUUUCUCCAAACCAAGCGAAGAGCUGGAUUCUGUUACUGAGAUAGCUCAAGAAGAAGAUCCAAUAGAGACAACCUCAAUUUCUUCAGAGAGUUUGGAACUUGGGUCAACUGUGACGAGCCCACUGGUAGUACAACGGAAUUGGGCUGCUGUAUUGCAAAGCACACCAGCAGCUAAGAAGAAAACUUCCACCACCAGUACCAAGCCCAAAAAAAUUGCACCAACCCCUCCUGUUCCUGCCCAAGUUGUCUCAAACGUCCACUCAUCAGAAGCAUUUGAUCUUUCCAAUGAAACUACCCAACCUUUAGGUAUACUCUUGUUGAGAGUGAUGUUUGACUCAAAUUAUUCCAUAUUCAACUCAUCUACUCCUUUAUUUGACAUACAUCCUAGAGGAUUGACAAAUACAGGAAAUAUCUGCUACAUGAACUCGAUUUUGCAAGUUUUACUUCAUUGUGAACCACUUAACAAAUUAAUUAAAUUAGUUUCUGAAAUGACCGUUGGCACUUUGGAUAAAUCCAAAUCUAAAACACCUUUGCUUGAUGCCACAAUAAACUUAUUCAGUCAAUUUCAAGCCAAGAUUCCCACCAAUGGUACUACCAAUGGAUACAUUCUGAAGUCUGUUUCUCCUGAACCCUUUUAUACCAAGUUGAUUGCCCAUAAAAAAUUCCAGCAUUUGAAAUGGGGUCAACAGGAGGAUGCAGAGGAGUUCUUGGGAUAUUUCUUAGAUGCUUUGACGGAAGAGUUAAUGGGCAGUAUUGGCGAAUUAAAUACUAUCCAGGUAGAUUCGUUGAUUCAACUGUACCCUGGUGAUGACAUCAAUGAGUUUCUGGACAAGGUGAAGACCACAAUGAAGUUAGUUAAGAAGGAAGGAAUCUCCAGCAACACUAGCAAUCCUAACAAUUCUUCCGAAGUCGAUAGUGAUGAAGAAGAGGAUGAUGAUGGUGAGAAUGGAUGGUCAGAAGUUGGAUCCAAGAAAAAUAAUGUUAGUGUUAGACGCAAUGGUGAAGAAGAACCUUCACCCUUGACAGAUAUUUUUGGAGGACAAUUUAGAAGUGUUUUAACAAUUCCUAAAUCAUCGAAAAAUACAAGUUAUCUGAAGUCUAUUUCGUUGGAUCCAUUCAGGAAUAUUCAAUUAGAUUUGAGUGAGAGCAAUUCCAUUGAAGAUGCUUUGAUUCACCUAAAUAAGAUCGAAAGAAUAAGCUACAAGCCUCUGGAUAAUAAGGAAGAGUUGGUUGUUCUGAAGCAAACAUUUAUUGACAAGUUGCCACAGGUCUUGACCAUUCAUUUGAAGAGAUUUGCAUUUUCCGAUAACAGUUCUGAAGGUGUUAACGGAUAUGGCAAUGGUCAUGAUAAUUUCAGCAGCAAUAUAGCUGCUCCUGCACCCACUGCUGGAUCAAGUAGUUCCUUUACUUCUGUGGCAGCUGCAACCACUACUGCCACAACUGCUACUACAUCUACUACUACUGCAUCAACCACAAGCUCAAACAAUACCGCUCCUUCCAAUGGACGGUCUAAUGGAUAUUCCAGUAACUACGGUGGAUACGGAUAUGGAUCCGGGAUCAAUAAACUUAGGAAGAAAAUCACAUACGAACAUGAAUUGACUAUACCCCCCCAAAUCUUUUCCCCUCAAGCAAAUAUAGUUGAAGGGCCCCGGUAUCGGUUGAUCGGAGUUGUUUAUCAUCAUGGAUCUUCCAUGGAAAGUGGACAUUAUACAUGUGAUGUUCGUGUUGACCGUGGGCCAGGCAAGGAAGAGUGGAUUCGUAUUGAUGACACUCUUAUUGAAGCUGUUUCUGCUUCCGAUGUAUUGAAUUCAGCUGACCAUAACGGAGUCCCUCAUAUCCAGAACAUACAUCUCAUUGUUAAACAACAUAAGCAUAAAGUCAAUGGGAAGUUUGUUCCAGAUCACAAGUUUGGGUUCAAUGGAGGUCAAUCGUAUUUGAUGAAUCAUAAAGACAUCAAGCUAACUUUACAGAAGGUGAUGGCCAACGCUGGAGCCAAUGACGAUGUCUUUGUUAGCCACGGAGUUGGAUCAGAUAUAAAGUUUCUCAAACUGAUGGGAGUUUUAGUUCCUACAGACAUCGCUACUGUGGAUACUCAUAUGUUAUAUUCUAUGAGUUUUGACCGAUAUGCCACGUUGAAACAAACUUGCAGGUCCUUGAACAUACCUGUGAGUCGGAUGCAUAAUGGAGGGAACGAUGCUUACUAUACACUCUUGGCGGCUAUGAAGAUAUGUGAUCCUAAUGUACGAAUCAAGUUAGGUCUAGAUCAACAUAAGGUAUUGGAGCCAAGAACUAAAGGAGAGAUUCAAUCACUUAAAUUUAGUGACCGAGCCAAAGUGAUACCUAAAGAAGGUGAUCAAGUAUGGGACGAACUAAAAGGUCUUUGGAAUACCGAUUGA